AUGCUGUGUGUAGCUCAGAGGGAGGGGCAACACUCGAACCCAAAAGUUCGGUUACAUGAAGAUCCUUUGAAAAUCCCGACAAUCACAGACACCACGACUUUGAGGAGAGAAGGUGGAGUUGGCUGGGGGCUUUGCUGCCGCCCGCCCUCCCGGGUCCCCGGCGCGGGCGCGGCUGGGCUCAGCACCUCGGAAAGCGCCCCCUCGCUGCGCGCGGGAGUUACGCAUGCUCCUUGCCGCCCUCCGCCUCGGCAGCGCGGGUGGCAACACAAUUCUGUAGAGCCCUGCAGGCAACCCACUCGGAUUGACAACAGCCGAGAGACCGAGACACUCGCGGACCGCCAGGCACCAGAACGAGGGGGACGAAAUUUAGGGACUCUUUCUGUCAAAGAAAGAAACCUCGCCCAAGCAGAAACAGGGGAAGCGACCGAGGGAUUUGAAGAAGAGGCUCCUUCUUCAAACAGGAUAGCUGGAACGCCGGCCGCUAGGCUGAGAAGCUGCGCCCCUCAACUCGGCUCCGAAGCAGGCGCUGCGCUCUACUCCUGCGCCCGAGGCGGUGCUCUGCACGCUGGGACCGCCCUGUCUUCAGCGGCCACUUUGAAAGCUUCAGCUCACGUCCUGAGCGCUCACCUGGGGACUACACCCCGGGCGAACCCCGUUCCUUUCCGUCUUGCCCCCUGGAAGCACCUGCGCAUUCAGGUGGCUGCUGCUGCAACGGUAACUACCAUGGAUAAGGCCAGUGGAGGGGGAAAUCUGGCAGAACUCUUCCAUCUGAUCCCGGACCUCCUGGAGGUGGCCAACGUGAGUGGCAACGCGUCGCUGCAGCUUCAGGACUUACUGUGGGAGAUGGGGCUGGAGUUGCCAGAUGGCGGGGCGCCAGGGCACCCUCUGGGCAGCGGCAAGGCGGAGAGCACCGACGCCGAGACCUGCGUGCGGAUCCUCAUCAGCGUAGUGUACUGGGUCGUUUGCGCUCUGGGGUUGGCCGGCAACCUGCUGGUGCUUUACCUGAUGAAGAGCAAGCAGGGCUGGCGCAAGUCCCCCAUCAACCUCUUCGUCACCAACCUGGCGCUAACAGACUUUCAGUUCGUCCUCACCCUGCCCUUCUGGGCGGUGGAGAACGCGCUUGACUUCAAAUGGCCUUUCGGCAAGGCCAUGUGUAAGAUCGCGUCCAUCGUGACUUCCACGAACAUGUACGCCAGCGUCUUCUUCCUCACUGCCAUGAGCGUGGCGCGUUACCACUCGGUGGCCUCGGCUCUUAGGAGCCAUUGGACCCGAGGACAUGGCCGAGGGGAGUGCUGGAGCCAGAGGCUGAGGGACAGCUGUUGUUUCUCCGCCGAGGCGUUGUGCGUGUUGAUCUGGGCUUCAGCCACGCUGGCCUCGCUGCCCAAUGCCAUAUUCUCCACCACUGUCGAGGUGAUGGGCGAGGAGCUGUGCCUGGUGCGCUUCCCGGACAAGCUGCUGGACCGUGACAGGCAGUUCUGGCUGGGCCUCUACCACUUGCAGAAGGUGCUGCUGGGCUUCGUGCUGCCGCUGGGCGUUAUCAGCCUGUGCUACCUGCUGUUGGUGCGCUUCAUUUCCUCCCGCCGCGUGGUGGGGGCCGCAGCAGCCAGCGGAGGCCUGGCUGCCGUCAGUGCCCGAAGACGGUCCAAAGUCACCAAAUCGGUGACCAUUGUGGUUCUGUCCUUCUUCCUGUGUUGGCUGCCCAACCAGGCGCUCACCACCUGGAGCAUCCUCAUCAAGUUCAACGCGGUGCCCUUCAGCCAGGAGUAUUUCCUGUGCCAGGUGUACGGGUUCCCCUUGAGCGUGUGCCUGGCACACUCCAACAGCUGCCUCAACCCCAUCCUCUAUUGCCUCGUGCGCCGAGAGUUCCGCAAGGCGCUCAAGAACCUGCUGUGGCGCAUCGCGUCUCCCUCGCUCACCAGCAUGCGUCCCUUCACCGCCAGUACCAAGCCAGAGCCCGAGGAUCAGGGGCUGCAGGCCUUGGCGCCGCUGCACGCCGCGGCAGAGCCAGACUUGCUCUACUACCCUCCAGGAGUUGUGGUCGACAGUGGGGGGCGCUACGACCUGCUGCCCAGCAGCUCUGCCUGCUAA